CUUGUCAAAAUUGCAAAUUCAACCAAACUGUGUUUGUGUCGAUAAUUCAAUUCAUUGGGCUGAUUUUUUUUGAUAUAUUUCAGAUAAAUAAUACAAGAUGACUGUGAAAAACAAAACUGACGAACCAAAAAAAGAGAAAACUGAGACUGCAGCUGCUCAGAGUGAUGAUCUGUCGGAAGAAGAUAAACGUCUUCAAGAAGAGUUGAAUAUGCUGGUUGAAAAACUUGUGGGGAAUGAUGUUGAGUUAUACUUUCCAGCCUUACAAAUGCUUAGUAACCUCAUAAGGACGUCUACCACCUCUAUGACCUCUGUUCCCAAACCAUUGAAGUUUUUACGAGAACACUAUCCUGCUUUAAAAGAAGUAUAUGAAAAGAUCAAAGAUGCAAAAACAAAAAAGUUUUGUGCUGAUGUAGUGUCUGUGCUGGCCAUGGGUGUGAGUGGAUCACAGGAUGCUACUGAAAAGCGAGAAUGUCUGAAGUAUUGUUUACUGGGCACUAUGUCAAACGUUGGCGACUGGGGUCAUGAGUAUGUGCGACAAUUAGAAGGUGAAAUAGCUGAGGAAUGGAAUGUUGAGAAUAUGGAAACACUAUUGCCAUUAGUACGUGAUGUUGUUGCUUUUGAUAUGCAGCAUUCUGCUGAAAUCCAAGCCUGUGAUCUACUCAUGGAGAUUGACAGAUUGGAUCUUUUAACACAACACAUGGAUCAGAGUAACUAUCCACGUGUAUGUCUUUAUCUUAUUGGAUGCGCUAGUUAUGUAGUAGAACCGGAAUCAACACAAAUUUUACAAGGUGUGUUGGAUACAUAUUUGCGGUUUGGUGAAUAUCCUCGAGCCCUUCUUGUAGCUAUGCAGCUACAUGACAGAGUCAAAUGUGAGGAAGUUUUCAAUGCUUGCAAUGAUUCCCUUAUAAAGAAGCAAUUAUGCUACAUGCUUGCUAGACAAUAUGUCCCAUUAGAAUUGGAAGAUGAAGAUCUACGCACUAUUCUCCUUAAUGCACACAUCAAUGAUCAUUUCCUUAGUCUAGGUAGAGAGCUUGAUAUCAUGGAGCCUAAAACACCUGAGGAAGUGUACAAAACUUGGUUGGAGUCAGCUGGUUCAGCUCUCCGUCCAUCUCUAUUGUCUGAGCAUCCUGUUGACUCUGCUAGACAAAAUCUCUCUGCAACAUUUGUCAAUGCUUUUGUAAAUGCUGGAUUUGGACGUGACAAACUUGUUACUACAGAUGAUGGCAAUAAAUGGAUGUAUAAAAACAAGGACCAUGGCAUGCUAUCUGCUGCUGCAUCAUUAGGAAUGAUUCACUUAUGGGAUGUAGAUGGCGGUCUGACUCCAAUUGACAAAUACUUGUAUACGUCAGAUGAGCAUAUAAAAGCUGGUGCGUUACUAGCCCUGGGCCUUGUUAAUUGUGGUGUACGCAACGAAUGUGACCCAGCACUUGCUCUCCUCUCUGAUUAUGUUUUACAUUCAAGUUCAAACCUCAGGAUCGGCAGUGUUCUUGGUCUGGGCAUCGCGUAUGCGGGCACGCAACGUGAAGAUGUCCUAUCGCACUUAUUACCAGUACUUAGUGACACAGCUGCACCCGCUGAGAUUUGCGCACUCGCGGCCAUCUCCUGCGGCCUUAUCGCCGUCGGUUCCUGCAACGGUGACGUAACCUGUGCUAUUAUUCAACGUCUUAUAGAUGACAACAAGGACUUGCAUUCUUCAACAUACGCCCGAUUCUUACAUUUGGGUCUUGGGUUAUGUUUCUUAGGUUGUAAGGAACGCACUGAAGCCACUAUGGCCGCUCUGGAAGUACUACCUGAACCACAACAAUCGCUUUGCCAGACAACCCUCUCGAUGUGCGCGUACGCGGGCACUGGCGAUGUUCUUGUCGUCCAACAAAUGUUGCACAUCUGCUCCAAACAUUAUGAAACUGAUAAUGAGCAAUCGUCCACUGAAGACACUGCAUUCAAGAAGACAGACAAAAAAGAAGCCAAGGAAGGAACCAGCUCUGGGUCUACCAGCAAGGACGAUAAAAAUAAAAGCAAAUCAUCGAAGGACAGUAAGAACAAAGAGAAAGACAAGGAAAAGGAGGCCAACAAGGAAUUGUCGUCGGUUCAAGCAGUAGCUACGCUGGGCGUGGCGGUGAUAGCGCUCGCUGAGGAAACGGGCGCCGAGAUGUGCACGCGUAUCUUCGGACAACUGGGUCGCUAUGGGGAGCCGGCUGUGCGUCGCGCCGUACCACUGGCUAUUGCACUAUGCUCCAUCUCGAAUCCUCAACUGGCAGUUAUCGAUGUCCUGAACAAAUAUUCGCACGACUCCGAUAAUGACGUCGCAUACAACGCUAUAUUCGCCAUGGGUCUUGUUGGAGCUGGUACCAAUAAUGCCAGACUGGCGACGAUGUUGCGCGCACUGGCCCUGUACCACGGCAAGUCGCCGGUGCACCUGUUCAUGGUGCGCCUGGCGCAGGGGCUGUGCCACGCGGGCAAGGGCACCGUCACGCUGUGCCCCGCGCACGCGGACCGCCGCCUGCUCAACCAGCCCGCCCUCGCGGGGCUGCUGGUCGUGCUCACCGCCUUCCUAGACUGCAAGACCAUUAUCCUCGGCAAGUCACAUUAUUUACUGUACGUACUCGCCACGGCAAUGCAACCCCGUUGGCUCGUCACUCUCGAUGAGAAUCUCCAGCCUCUCAAUGUCAGCGUGCGUGUUGGCCAGGCUGUAGACGUGAUCGGUAAGGCUGGUACUCCCAAGACUAUAGCCGGCUCGCACACUCACACCACACCAGUGUUGCUGUCAUUCGGUGAACGAGCCGAACUUGCUACAGACGAGUACAUCCCUCUGUCACCGGUCAUGGAAGGAUUCGUCAUAUUGAAGAAAAACGAGGACAGCGUCAUGGCGUCCGUUCAAUAAAUACCUGCAUUCAUUUAAGCUUCAUUUAACAUAAUGUAUUAUUAUUAUUCUCAACUUAAUACAC